CCCACCUCCAGCAUUACGCUGAUGUCUUCCUCCACCCCAAACAAGCACGGCUCCGGGGUGCGUUGCCUAUACGGUGCAGAUAAGAUGUUUCUGGAAGGUCGCCAGGAGAGAAUCUGGAGGAAUAUACGGAAAAUUGGAACCACCCACGAUGAAGAGCUGAAAUUCUACGACUGGUGUUGUAACCGGGCAGGAGAUCCACGUUUUUGUGAUAAAUACGGCCAGAAGAGACCCAAGAUCAGCUGUAAUGGACAGAAGCCUUCCGGGAGAGAACGAACAGCUGUGUCACGGCAAGAGACGUCGUCGAGCAGCGAGUCAGAGGAACUAGAAUGAGAACCUGCCUGCCUGUUCCGGCCCAUCUUUUCCCGCAACCGACUGACCUCACCGGUUCUCCCGUUCGCAACCUCCUCGAAACAAGCCUCACGCUUUCCCGCAUUAUGGAGGAGCAGAACCAGGAAGUGACGACCGAGUCUUUUGCUGCUUUGUCAAAGGCUUUCGCAGCCAGGCUGUUGUGAACUUUCCAGGCCGCGCGGCCACCGCCUGGCAGUUGUUUGCUUCUAACAGUUUGUCCUCGCUGAUGGCUGGCAUCUUCACUGCCCAAACAAACUCAAAAUCACACACGUUGCACUCUGGCUGUGUCCAGUCUUAUAUAUGGAUCUUACAUAUAAUUAAACAACUUAACACUUCUAUUUGUAUUUACAUUUCCUUAUUUCUCUGACAAAGUUCCUAAGGAUACAGCAUAAGGCUUCCAACUCUUGUGACUAAACAUAAAUAAUCACUUCGUCCAUUCAAUUCUUUGUUCAGAGACAAAGCUUCAGUUCCAUAUAGUCCAUAGUCCAAUUCUGCAGGUUCUACAUAAAACGUCUCGCGCGUAUAGAACGUUUUUCGUGCGUCUUCCUCAGUAUGCCAGUGUGUUCAAUCCACUUCCAACGGUUCUUUGGGGCUUCUAAUGGGUAUAUCUGAAAUUAACGUUACACAGAUACAUGGAUACUGAAAUCAAAAUUAUGCCUAUUCAUCUACUGAACCUACUGAAUUGGACUAUGGACUAUAUGGCUUAGCUGACCAGGUGCUCAGGAGCAGCAGCAGCAGAAGGGCAUUGCUUUCACCUCCUGCAUGUGAGCUCCCCAAGGCACCUGGUGGGCCACUGCGAGUAGCAGAGAGCUGGACUAGAU